AUGGCUGAUAUCGUCCACGUUUUCGCGAAAGAUGCUUGCCCUCCUGCGGGCCCUUACUCCCACGCCAUUAGAGCAAAUGGACAGGUGUUCCUCUCCGGUGCGAUCCCAGCCGAUGAAAAGGGAAAUGUGAUUGAAGGGACCGUCGGGGAGAAGACCGCACAGUGCUGCAGGAAUAUUGCUGCCGUAUUGGCUGCGGCGGGUACCACAGUCGAUCGGGUGGUUAAGGUUAAUGUCUUCCUCACGGAUAUGAAUGACUUCGCCGAAAUGAAUGCUGAAUAUGAGAAAUUCUUCACUCGUCGCCCUGCUCGCAGCUGUGUUGCUGUCCACCAGCUUCCCAAGGGUGUCCCCGUCGAGAUCGAGUGUAUUGCUCUACAAUAG